UCAGCCAGAGUAGUAGGAAUGAUAGUCUCUUUUUCCAGUUUCCUCCUUGCUGCCUUCUGCAAGCUGAGUUACAAUAAAGAUGUACAGAACGGCUGCUAAGCGGCUAUUCUCCGGUGCAGCCGUGGGUAAGAGUAGGGACGCCCAUCUUAGAUUCCUUAAUAUCCAACCUAUCGUUACCGUGUCUCGCUUUUUCACCUCAGUGAAUCCUCAGUCAUUCUCCAAUCAGAACCCUAAUAGUCAAAAUCAAAUCCCUCGUGUGAAUGUUGAGGCCACAGCUAACCAAUCAGAUUCAAACGCGUCAUCAGCUUCCGGUGGGUCACCGUCAUUUACGGCUGACGAGUCCCGAUACCGUCAUCAGCACCGACAGGAGAGGCGGAUACCGAGAAUUGAGUACCAAGAAGAGCAAGCUCGCGUUCUUCAGGCUUCCCUCCGCCACGUGAUAAGGUUGGGAUGGAGUGAAGGAGCCAUGAUUGCUGGUGCAAGGGACGCUGGUCUCUCCCCGGCUAUCGUUGGAUCUUUUCCUCGAAAAGAAGCUUCACUAGUCGAGUUUUUUAUGGAUGAGUGCUUACAAAAUCUCAUUGAUCGGAUUGACACUGGGGAGGAGUUACAAAACUUGGCACCCAGUGAGCGCAUCUCGAAGCUCGUUAGGAUGCGCUUAGAAAUGCAAGCUCCGUACAUUUCAAAAUGGCCCCAAGCUCUGAGCAUCCAGGCACACCCAUCAAAUGUUGCAACUAGUUUUAAGCAGCGUGCAAUGCUGCUUGAUGAGAUCUGGCAUGCUGCUGGUGAUGAUGGCUCGGAUAUUGAUUGGUAUGUAAAACGCACUGUCUUGGGAGGGAUAUACUCAACAACUGAGAUUUACAUGCUGACAGAUAGUUCCCCAGAUUUUCGUGAUACAUGGGCAUUCUUGGAUAAUCGAGUGAAAGAUGCCUUUGAUUUGAAGAAGACAAUGCAAGAGGCAGUGUACUUGGCUGAAGCUGUUGGUGCUGGAAUGGGGAAUCCUAUGCAAGGAUUUUUGAAGAGGGUCUUUCAGAGGUGAUUUCGUUGCUCUCAGUGCUGCAGAGAAGGGAUCAAAAGCUAAAGGAGAUGCCUUUAAGUUGCUCUCAAAUGCUCCACUGCUAAAGCUAAUACCUUUUAGCAAGUUAAUGGUCAUUUUUCCACCGAUAGUCCUUUCAUCUAGGAGGGAAAAAAUAUUAGCAUUUUAUGUUCAUGGAACUAAGAAUCAAUUUUGGUUGAAUAAUAGUAAAAUGGAUGGAUCAUAUUUUCAUUUACGUUGGCUCUUCGUCGAUAAAUAAGCCAUCUUUUAAAUAUAAUGGAUUUUGGUUUGAUCUA